GCUGCGGGUCACACAGAGGGGGAGUGAAACCUACAAGACUUCAAAAUGCUUUUACGAAGGGCGUUGCACAUCGGAGGGUUGACACUGAGACACAGCAGAUCUAUCCACCACAGUCCUGCAUGGAAGAGUCCUCUAAUACCCAUAGUUGUGGAGCAGACGGGGAGAGGAGAACGAGCCUAUGACAUCUACUCUCGCCUGCUGAGAGAGAGGAUCAUUUGUGUAAUGGGUCCUAUUGAUGAUUCUGUAGCCAGCCUGGUUAUCGCCCAGCUGCUUUUUCUUCAGUCAGAAAGCAACAACAAACCCAUCCACAUGUACAUCAACAGCCCCGGUGGUGUGGUGACAGCAGGCCUGGCCAUCUACGACACCAUGCAGUAUAUCCUCAAUCCCAUCUCCACCUGGUGUGUUGGCCAGGCAGCCAGCAUGGGCAGCUUGCUGCUGGCAGCAGGAUCAACAGGCAUGAGGCAUUCACUGCCCAACGCUCGCAUCAUGGUCCACCAGCCGUCAGGAGGAGCCAGGGGUCAGGCCACAGACAUCGCCAUCCAGGCCGAGGAGAUCCUCAAACUGAAGAGACAGAUCAACCAAAUCUACGCCAAACACACGGGACAGAAACUGGAACUCAUCGAGGGUGUGAUGGAGAGAGAUCGUUACAUGAGCCCCAUGGAGGCGCAGGACUUCGGCAUCAUCGAUCGGGUCCUGGUCCACCCGCCCCAGGCAGGCCAGGACGAGCCCGAGCUGGUGCAGAAAGAGCAGCCGACCACAACCAGCCCCUCUCCGGCAGCGGAGUCUUCAACUCCUGAACCCACCUCCCCCGGAACAAACCCCCCCUCCUCAUACAAACCUGAACCGUGAGCCCACCGAGGCAGAUCUGUCUUGAGUUCUAUUUAAGUCUGGAGACUGACACGGAGCCUCCAUGUCUCUUCUCUUAAGUGGCUUCUAUGUUUUCCCCGUACAGUACCUACACUAUGCUGGCUUCUUUCACACUGCCCACAAUGUGACAUCUUUAUUUUGGAGAUGAUUCCUGUAGAAACCAGUCAGAGGAAUGAAGAGUAGUCAGCAGUAAUCAGUCAUCUCAUUCCUUUACUUUGUCCAUCUUUAGUGCAUCUUGUCCUGUGUGAGAUCAACACUGGAUGAGAUGCUCUACUGUAGAUUAGGUUGGGGGGGGUGGCUUGUUGUGUACCUCUUCGCUGCAGAGAUGCCACUGAAGAGUGGAGGACCUGUAUGAUCUGUAUAUUCAUAUUUUGUAAUAAAUAUGAUCAUUUUGACCACCAUUCCG